AUGCCGAAGGCGAGUCAGUCUUCUGACAGCACCUUAGCCCUGACUAUCGGGACCCCUUUAUCACAUAAGGAUCGGCGUCCAAAUCGCCCGCGCAACAAGAUCCCGUCCGCGACCAUCAAUGCGCCCGCGCAAAGAGAGUUGGACGGACGGAGGGCGCCCAAUCUUGAGCGAUGGGCAUGCGAGUUUGAACGUAGGGUGCACGUACGGUCGCUACCCGAGCCAGGAAAAUCUGUACUCGAGAUUGCACGUAUUGCUACGAAGCACGCAGUUGACAUGCACACCGUACACCCAGGUAAGGUGGUAUUGACUAUAUGCACCGCAUACAUCCAAUCAGCAGUGACAAGAACGUAUCGGAAGCUCGCUGGAGGAGCCCGGGCGUUGGAAGACAAGACAAGCCUUGAAUCCUCGCGCCAAGGGUGGUUCCAUGUCGCGGACGCUGCCGUCGAUCCCGGCGCGCAGUCUUCACAAGACGCAGCGCGAAGGAGGAAGGGUUCCUCGAAGGAAGAACUCCGCGUGCGCUGGUGUGAUAUCGAUGAUGAAGAGGAGGACGCGGCUAAGCAAGGAUGA